AUGGCUAUUCAUCGUGUUCUGGCUCUCUUGAGCCUUUGGUUGGGCCUCGCUGCAGCUAUCCCUUCAUCCCACAUUUACAAAAGAUCGGUAUCUUCUCAACCCCUGCCACCGAGUGAAGAUCCGUGGUAUUCUGCUCCCGAUGGUUACGAAGAUGAAGAACCUGGCACCGUGCUUCGUCUGCGUCCUGCACCCGGAAACCUGUCCGCCAUUGUCGGCAACAGCUCCGCCAUCUACAACGUUCUUUACCGUACAACCGACAGCCAGUAUAAAGCCACAUGGGCUGUCACAACACUCUAUGUUCCCAAGCUAGGAGCGAACAGCACUGCUGCCCGUGUGUUCAACCAGAGUGCUGUUAUUUCGUACCAGGUACCCUACGACUCGGCUGAUGUCGACGCUAGUCCUAGCUACACUGCCUAUUCUUCUGGUGGCACUGACUUGUUCAAUCUUGCUUUGGGUCUGGGCGUCUUUCUCAACGUGCCUGACUAUGAAGGCCCCUUGGCUUCCUUCACAGCUGGUGUCAUCUCUGGACACGCAACUCUUGAUUCCAUACGCGCCGUGCUUUCUCUAGGCCUUGGUCUCAACACUACCUCGUCUCGUGUUGCGCUCUGGGGAUACUCUGGAGGCGCAUUGGCCAGCGAAUGGGCUUCUGAGCUUGCAGUGCAAUAUGCACCCGACCUCCAGGAAACUGUUGUUGGCGCUGCCAUUGGCGGUAUAACACCCAACAUCACUGCUGUGGUGGAGAGCAUCUCCGGAAAAGAUGCUGCAGGCUUAGCACCUAGUGGCAUUCUUGGAAUCACAAGCCAGUACCCCGAAGUACAGAAGUAUGUCAUUUCGAAGCUCAAGACAGAGGGGCCUCAGAACAAGACUGGUUUCCUGGCUGUAGAGAACUUCACCGUUGAGGAAGCCGGUGCCGCAUACGCUGGGGCCGACAUCUUUGACUUCUUCGAAUACGGCAUGGAUUUGUUCCGCGAUCCCAAGGUCCUGAAGGUCAUCAACCGCGAUGGCAUAAUGGGUUAUCACGGCGUCCCUCAAUGGCCUAUCUUUGCCUACCAAGCUGUUCAUGAUGAGAUCAGCCCCAUUGCCAACACGGACAAGUUAAUUGAGCGAUACUGCGCCGUUGGAGCCAACAUCUUGUACCAGCGUAACUCCGUUGGAACACACGCUCAAGAAUUUGUUCUUAGCGCUGCUCCUGCUAUUCAGUGGCUGGCAACUGUUCUGACAGGCCAGUACGCAAGUGUGUAUAAGACUGAGGGGUGUACUAUUCAGAACGUAACAAGGAAUAGUACUGCAAUCCCUUUAAAGAAGAGGAAUGUACCAAACGGUGUGUUUAGCUUGUGGUAA